AUGAUGACACUUGGAGAGGUAUUGGAAAUCCGAGCCCCGCUGGUGUUCAUCAUGGGGGCCGGGCUGCUGGUCUACCCCUUCGGCCUCAACUCCUCCCUGGUCCGGUCUUUCUGCGGGGACUCGGACAUCUACUACGCCGGCGAGUGCCAGAUCGGCUGGGGCUACAUGCUGGCCAUCGUCGGGGUCAUGCUCACCGUCUUCUUGCCCUUUUUCGCCAAAUACGCGCCCAAGGAGCAGCUCUCCCCCACCCCUCUGCCCACCCUCUUAUAG